AUGAGGAUCCAGCGCCGCUUCCACUACCAGCCCAAGCAGGUGUAUGUGACAUCGCUGCACAGACAGAUGAAGCCCCUCAGAAUUUACAAGAUCAACAUCACUUUUCACGCGCACAUUGAGCACGAGCUCCUGGGCUUCUUCCGCAGCUCGUACGUGCUGAAUGGAGAAAGAAGUUCUCACGCUAGAAAGGCCUUCCCGUGUUUCGACGAGCCCAUCUAUAAAGCCACAUUCACAGUGAGUCUGAAACAUGAGAGUUCGUAUCAGUCGCUGUCCAACAUGCCAGUGGAGGCCUCAACGUCUGACGAGGACGGAUGGGUGACCAACCAUUUCUCCAGGACGCCCUGCAUGUCCACCUACUAUCUUGCAUGGGCCGUGUGCAACUUCACCUACAGAGAAGCAGUUACAGACAAUGGAGUUGUGAUUCGGCUGUACGCCAGACCUGACGCUAUCCAGAGCGGAUCGGGGGACUACGCUCUGCACAUCACCAAGAGACUUCUGCAGUUUUACCAGGAUUACUUCAAAGUCAAAUAUUCCCUCCCUAAAUUAGAUCUCCUGGCAGUGCCAAAGCAUCCGUAUGCAGCCAUGGAGAACUGGGGACUUAGUGUGUUUGUGGAGCAGAAGAUCUUGUUGGAUCCUGACGUUUCUUCCUUCUCCUAUCAGAUGGAGCUCACUAUGGUGGUGGUGCACGAGAUCUGCCAUCAGUGGUUUGGGGAUCUAGUCACACCUGUUUGUUGGGAGGACGUUUGGCUGAAGGAAGGAUUUGCGCAUUACUUCGAGUACAUUGGGGCUGAUUUCCUCUUCCCAAAGUGGAACAUGGAGAAGCAGAGGUUUCUGACUGAUGUUCUUCAUGAGGUGAUGUUACUGGACGGUUUGGCCAGUUCUCAUCCGAUCUCUCAGGAAGUGUUUGAAGCCACAGACAUCGACAGAGUCUUCGACUGGAUUGCGUAUAAGAACGAUCUGUGGUGUUGUGAACUCUGUCAGUCACACUGCAGUGAUCCCGACACCCAGCUGUCCCUCAUCACUUCUUCCUCAGACUCUAAGGACUUUGAUAUCCCACAACACAUCCCAUAA